CCGUUCCGACUUUCCGUUCAUUUCAUUCAAUUUCUAGAACCACGUCUUCAAUAUUUAUCCGACAUUUAUUUUCAAAUUAUCAGCUAUUCUGUCGAUAAAUAACUCAUUAAAAUGUAGUGCUUAACCCUAUUUUAUGUGUUGCACUCAAGAGUUACGCGUAUAAGUCAGUUGCAGAAAGGAUUCAUGCCGAUAUGUUGAGGAGUGAAAACAUAACACGCGGCCAUUUUGAUUUUCGUUCGUUCCGUUCGCACAAGUUUGUUGACAUUGUUGUCAGUUCGGCAUUCAGAGUUAACAAAGGCAAAAAGUGUACCGGAACAGUUUUAAUUUAUCAAUGGAUGAAAGCAUAACAAAAGAGAAAGAAAUGGAUUCCGAUUCGAAAGUUUUUUCAUCUGAUAUACAAAGAGGUAAAGAAGACACAGCAAAUAAUCUAUACGAAUUGAUCAAAUUAGUUCCAGCAACACCGUCAACGAUAACGAUCUCAGAUGAUCUUGACUCUUGUAAUUUUAAACCUGUAACUGGUAAGUUUUUUGAGCCCAAAAAAAGAAUUAGAGGAAGUAAAGUUAAAACUGUUAGAGAUAUUCGUAUUGCUUACGAGAGAGACGUAAAUGAUUACUUGACUGAUGAUUUAAUUAAACAAGAAUCAUUUUUACUCAAAAGAAUACGAUAUGGAUCAUCAAGGCUAGAUAACACAAUAAAGAUUGCAACCAAUUUACUGCACGGAGAUCAACCUAUAUCUCGAUCAGCAUGGCAAAUGUUGGCAAACAUGAAUCCCGACAAGAACAAUAAUGCAGUUCAGUUUGUUCUAUGGAACGGUCAAAAAAUUCGUGUAACUGGAAGCAAAGGUGGCGAAAGAAAGUUUCUCUGUAGCUAUGACUUGGGCAAAAGAAAAUGUUCAAACCACAAAACAAUAAUGAAAGCAAAAAAAAUGCGGCUAAGUUUGCUGAAAAAAUCACUAGCAACUAACUUUAAACCGGGUCCCUUAUCAAGAAAAAAACAGUUGGAUUGUUCCUACCAGAAAAAGAAUAUCGGUUUCACUAAGACUGUAAAAUUACCAAAGAUCGGCCUUGAUGUAGAGCCGAUGUUAGGGGUGUCCGUAGAGCCUACUAUUGCAAACAUUUUAAACACUAUUCGAGAUGAUGAAGCCGGAAACCUGACUGCAACGUGGGCCUCGUUUUCCUUAUCAACUCUUGGAAGUUUUAAAAAUAAGGAACUUAUUCAAAUAAAUUGCGAACCAAUUACUUUUGACUUAAAUUUUAAAAACAAUCAGAAUCAAAUUUUGAUGCGCUGUGAUGUAGAAAAUAGAGCAGAGUGCAUUGGUUCCCCAGUAUACGAUCAACCGUACCAUGUAGUUGAAGAACGUAACGUUUGCAAAAUAGUUAAUGAUAUAGUUGGGGAUAUGUUAAGAUCAGUUGAAAUAAGUUUAUCUGAAAAUGAAUUGUACGCUAAAGACGAGGAAGAGAGUCAGAAUCAUUCUGAAGAUCAAGCAUUUCUAAAAUUCGAUCUGUCGAAAGAUAAACCAAAGAAAAAAAGGAGUGAAUUAGAUAAACUUGAUGUUACAGUUAUAAGAGUUUCCGAGCUCACUGAAAGUGAGAAUGUUGAUAAGUUUUGUAAAAAAUCUUAUUGCCAAAUGGGUUGUGUUUGUUUAUCACUACUUGGCCAACAUUGCAUAAAAAACCAUUGCGGUCGGGCUGAUUGCAUGUUUAAGUGUAGUUGUGACUUUUCUAAAUACAAUCCAUUAACUAGUUUAGAUGGAAAUGCUACGGAUCUGAUCCCGGGUUUGUUGAACCUAGACAGUAAAAUAAAUUCCGGUCUGGCCAAAGAAGAAAAGAAAUUUCAUCAGACUGUUGUGGUUACAGAACAAAGAAGUAUUUUACUGAAAUCUCAAAGAAGAAAUUCUAAAACACCUAAGAGAUAUGCUGAAUAUUUCGAUUCCGUUGAUAAAAAAAGCAUUGAUAUGAAAAAAAUAUUGACUGUGUCCGCUUUAAGAUUAGAUUGCAAAAACGUUGAAGUUUGGUGCAUGAUUCAUAAUCUUUACAAUUGUUUUUGCAAGGGUAGAUUUAUUGAAAGUAUAAAACCAGAUCCAGUGAGCUUGAAAGAGACAGAUACUUUAGAAAAAGUUACCAGAGAGAAGUAUAUCUCUAAGGAGGGAUCCUAUGAUUCUGUUGAUGAAUUAGAUGUAAGUUCGGUGGAUAGUAAUGACACAAAAUAUAACAAAGAUUAUGAUGAGAGACUGAAUACUAGAAACAAAGUAUCACAUUCACAGGAAUACAAAUGGAAAUCUUCAUGCGCAAGAAUAAGAAAAUUUGGUGGCAAACGCUUUGUUGACGCAUACUACACUGAAAUGAAUAAAAAAGUAAAGCUUAUGGAAGAAAAUGACCAAAGUCUUCAUCAAAAGAUGAUGAUCCAUUUCAAAGCUGCAUUAAAUAAAAGUUCUAAUGAUACGUCUGGAGAUGUACAAGAAAUAAGCAGUGAACCUGAUGAGCCAACGCCAGCAAAGCAAGCUCCUCGUAUGAAAUUCACGUGUGAUACCGCAAAGCAUUUCCCGAACAAAACAAAGCUGAUUGGAUGGCUGGAAGCAAAUUACAAACAUUAUAAACAACGAAUAGAAAGUGGAAAUAAGAACAUACCCUUAGAAGCACCUAAACCAGGAAAAAUUUCACUGUACCCUUGGGAAGUUAUUUUAGAAAGAUAUAGGAUGAAAAAGAAUUACUUUGUGGUGACAAUGGAAGAACCGCAUCGAAUUUUUAUGGCUGUAGACUUAUCUCAUCCAUUUUUUAACAACUGCAUUAACAUCAAUUCGAUUCCAUUUGAGGAUCUUAAAAAGUACCCUAUGACAGUUUCAAAUAUUUUACACGACGUAGAUGAAAUGAAAGAUAACUUCUACAUUUUAUGUGGAUUGCCUGCAUGUUGGGAACUGAUCGGAUCUGUGACAAAAUUAAAAGAGAAAAAUGAUUUGAAUCAAUCUGACAGUAGUUUAAACAGUGAAGUAAUGAGUUCCAACGAAGUGGACAGUCCUAAAGAGGAAACUGAAAAAACUAAAAAUGAGCCGAAUUCGGAGUCUUCUAGCGAAUGCAAGUGGUUCGCGAUGAUUGUGGAAUAUGAUUUCACUGAAAUACAGUUUCAAGAACGUGGUUUCUUUGUUAAAUAUGAUAAUAUCAUAAAAGCUAUUAAUGUUGCUCAAGUGACUGGGAAGACAGUAAGACUUUCAUCACAAAAGAAGACUUCAGAAGAAGAAUACCCGCAAUUUGGAAUCUAUGCAAUUCCAUAUUCCAAUGACAAGCGUGUAUACAUAGGUCCAUAUGAAGUAGAUGACCAAUUAGGUAUUGAAAUUGUUGAAAGAAACUCCAGUCAACCAAUGAGAUAUUCUAGGGGAGUCUGGAUAUACAAAGAAAAAACUGAAAAUUCAAACAUUAUAGAUGAUCCUUUAGUUUGCAUGCCGGAUAUAGAUAAUGGCCCAAUAGUCUAUUUGAGCAAAAAUAAUGCACCUUUAAAAAAAGUAUGUCCACCUCCGGCUGAAAAAGAAGUGAAAAAUGAGGAUAAAACUGAACAACCGGCUCCACCAUUAGCACCCCUCUCCACAACAGUUAAAGUUCUGAAGCCAAUCAAAAUUAACAAAACAAAUGGGUUCUAUCGAUUACAGUCGAACUCUUCGUUGCUCAAAUCACCAAUUAAAAGAGUUACUAUCAUGAAUACGGCGGCGCACAUGCAGUCUCCAGCAAUCAUCAUGCCUACCCCUAUAAUACAAGACACGUUUUCACUAGUGGAACCCACGGCAGUGGGAAAGGUUGGCAUACCGAGGCUGACGAAAAUAAAACCAGUUGCAGAAAUUGCUCCUCAACAGAAAUCCGCUGCGACGGUCUCAAAGAAAGCAACAGCGCCGAGAGGAAUGCUGAUAUUAAGGCCGGAGGAAAUAAACAACAGGCUGAGCCGGUCGCUGUCGAACUCGGAGGUGAAAGUGGAGGAGCCAGCGCCGCAGCCGGAGAACGCAAUGGACAUGGAUAUAGAGAACUUCCUGGCCACGUCGGACGUGUGCCCGGCGCCUCACGUGCUGGUGGUGUCGGACGACGAGGAGCCCGCGCCGCGCCCGCCGCGCGACGUCUACAUCCAGUGCCUCAACGUGCCCAACCUCGGCUGGAUCAAGGGCAAGAAGGACAACGAAGACAAACUGAGCUUCGAGUUCCCCGGAUUUAAAUACACCAAUUAUUACGAGGAGGAAGAGGCGUUCGCUAAAAUCAACCAGGUUAUGUCCAGAAAAGUAUACAUAGUGAAAAACCUGGUACUGAACUGGCAAGUGGUGGAAAGUGUGAAAGAUCUGCUCACCAAAGACAUGUUGAAGACUGAAAAUCUCGGGUCAGAUUUUGUGCUGACGGGCUCCGGCCUCCGACACAAGCGGGACUUGCUGAAGGGAGGCCCCUUUAAGGCUCCCGCGCCGGCCAACAAACCCACUCCCAUGGAUGUCGACACCGACGAUGUCUGAACGGAAACGGCAGACCUUAUGGUGCUCAAUACACUCACUGCGAAGAGGAUAUAGCGCUGUGAAGCCAAGUGAUUAUGAAAAAUACUGAAAGUACUCUUACCGUUAUGACAUCACACAACCCGACUCCAUCAGUUUGAGUUGGGAAAGGCUAACGGAGCCUUUUUAAUAAGUACCCACUUACUAUAAAUGCAAGUGUUCUGAAAUUAUUUUAGUAAAACAAGUAUUAACCGGGUCAGUUUAGAAUACCUACUAAGGACAUCUUUAAAGUAGAUGUUUAUGUAUGUAUAUUUUGUUUUUAUUAACUACUUAUUGUCAUUUGGAUGUUUUUAUACUUAUGACUAGUUAUGUUGUGGGUGGUUAUGUUUAUGAGACUUUUACUUAGGACUCUUAGGAGGUAAGUAGGUCUCACCUCACUGAUCGGUCACCACCCAUCUAACUCGUUGUCUUUUAGUUCAUUUUUUAAAUUUUAGUUGUCUGACCUAGGCCUUCUUACUUAAGUAACGUCCAUAGAAUGGUUACAAGUUGUAAUGUUUAUAUAUCAAGACGAAUAUAUUUUAAACUGUUGUGAAGCCCAGUCCUAGUACAGUGAGUUCUAGAUAAAAUAAUCACUAAAGAACUA